CAUGUCUGAAAUAACCUCACUCCCUGCCGUGGACUACCCUGAUCAACCCAGGUUUUACGCGGCUUCAUCCUCUCCAGACGUCUGUUCCUCGCCGUCACAAGAACACUGGGGAAGUGAGUGCUCAGCGGCAGCGGAAUGGACAGACCUUGCACAGCACAGCCUCUCCAUUCAUCCUCCUCUCCAACCAGAGAUGUUAAGCACAUAUAGUGCGCUCGAAGAUGUGGGCAAGUAUAUCAAUACGGUUCACUCGUGCGAGGAGCAAGCGGAUUCAGAAGCCCUGCCGUAUGGCUCUACUGAUCUCGACAGACAGGACGAGGUUGCACUACCCCUAAGUCGAGUUCCCUACAGCAAUGGCAUUGGGGCUCCAAGGUUCGAGGAGACAGUACAUUUUCGGGUGGAACACUUCGAUUACGUUCGAUUCGGCAAGCACUUGGAACAGGACAUUGGGAACAUGUCUGAUAGUGACAUGCUGCCUUGGGGAAAUGCGGAAACUCAUAAGCCAUCCGUUCUAAUCCCGUGGGUAGAAGGCUCUCCUAAGCAAUUUAACAUACCGAGAAAUAUCACCAAAGAGGGCUUGUCAAGGAAGGCUAAUGAGUGGGUAAAAGACUCUGUCGCAACAACCAGACCCACAAAAUCAGGCUGGAAACUUGGUGACGGCCCAAUCACGAUCGAUGAUAUCGGCAUGCGUUCUCUAAGAUAUGUUAGCCAAGGCUCCAUUGAGCUCGAGCUCGUCUUUCUCGGACAGGUCUCUCUGUGUUGA